AAACAUCAAUCUUUUUAUUUUUAGUCCCUACAUAGAAUUUCUAGGCUUUGCAUACACACUAUAGAUUUUCAAUCUCAUAAGACAACUGGCUAGAGUUAUCACUUAUAAGCGUAACUUACUUGCCAUCCACUCAAGAAUAUUACGGAGAAACACGAAUGCUUUCAAUUGAAACAUCUUUAUGAAAUUUGGUCUCGCAUGAAACACAGUAACGCGAGACACAAAGCCAUUGUCACGUCACCAGUAACCAGCCAGUAACCAGUUGCUUGCCGUAGCGAUCCAGCGUUUGCUCGUCUAUUGAGCUGAGUUGUAACGAGAUUUCAUGAUGGAUACCUCACCAAGACCAUCAACAAGUUCUGCCGGCACGUCUACCGAGCGAACUCCCCUCUUGCGACAGGAUACCGCUCGUCCUAGGAGUGCGCGCAACGUAACCUUCAACCCGAACCCCGUAACAAGGACUAUCGAUCCUGAUCCCUCUCCUCUUAGCUCGUCACCUAGCACCAUCAACACUCUUAAUCAUGGGCGCAUGACAAGUUCCGUAGCCUCGGGAAGCAGUCACUCUGGCCCACCUCCUAUUCUUUCAACUCUGAAUAACCGUUUGCGUCGACGUAACAGCCACGGCGCCGUCUUCACCGCUCUCCCACCCGCUGUUGGCCCUAUCCCCAAGAUCGGGCCUCAGCGAAGUUCUAAAAAUGCUCAGAAGCUAAAGCUUCUGCCAAAUCCUGAACUCGACGAGGAAGAACCGGACGAAGAGAGUGGAAGGGAUGUUUACUCCCAAUAUACGCGCAUAAAAGACCCAACGGCUAGGCGGGAUGCUGCAAGGCUAGGCAAAGCAGAUCGUGAUCGGUUACCCCGUGUAACGGCCUACUGUACUGCUAACAGGUAUCAAAUGGACGGCCUAAUGCGUUUCCUGAAAGGCAGAGGCAAGAACCGCGGAACGAACCCCAAGCUCAUUGACGAGUGUAUCUAUUCACCAUACAAUUACGCGACUGGGAAGUCGACCGAACGGACCGAGGUAGUUGAAGAGAUACGGGAGAGGCCAACUCAGACAUUCGAAAGGAGGCACUCAACGGGUCAAGUAGACGAGCACUCAGAAACAUAUCUAAGGGAGAGCAUGCAUAAUCUACAUUCUCAGCAACAAGAUGGAACUUCGGAUGCCGAAUUCAGCAACGGCCGGGAUAUCCAUAACGAUUUGGCCUAUCCAUCGCACCCGGAAGAUGAGAGCGCACUCCUUGAUUCAGGCUCACAUUCAGAGCAUCAAGCACACGACGCUAACUUCGAUAUUCAAGUCCACACUCCCGAGGUAUUCUUGUUCGACUAUGGUGUGGUAGUAAUAUGGGGCAUGUCGCCCGCACAUGAACAGCGUUUUCUGAAGGACAUAGCCAAAUUCGAGCUUGAGAAGCUGGAGACCGACGACGUGGAAACAGAGUGCUUUAAUUUCUACUAUACCAAGGAGUACCAGCCUCGUAUAUACAACGAUUUCAUUACGCUAAGGGAUAAGGGGAACUACAUGACGAAACUUGCUAUUUCGCAUGCGCUGGCGCAAAGUGUCAAGACCUCCCUCUUCGAGGAGCUUAUCGCCACAACGGUCGAUACAUGCAAAGACAUCCCCACGCAGAUUGCUCUGACAGGCAAGAUCGCGCUGUCGCGUUCCCAGAUCAACAUGCAGAUCGGCGAGUUGUUCAUCUUACGUAUCAAUAUUCACCUCAACGGCUCCGUACUCGAUACCCCCGAGCUGUUCUGGGUCGAGCCGCAUCUCGAGCCCGUCUACCAGGCCGUCCGGAGCUAUUUGGAGAUGGAUCAGCGUGUGGGCUUGCUCACCGAGCGACUCGAUGUUAUUGCGGAUCUUUUAGCGGUGCUCAAAGAUCAGUUAAGCCAUGGCCAUGGAGAGAAGUUGGAGUGGAUCGUCAUCGUACUUAUCGCCGCCGAGAUCCUAGUCGCAGCCGUCAAUAUUGUCGUCGACCUGUACGCAGGCGUGGAUUAACAAUGGGUUUCCCCUUUCCCUACCUACCUACCUACCUAAUCCCAUCAUACUACCAAUUCAUUCUUAAUAUAUCUCUACCUACCCACACCCCCCCUUAUUACUUCCAAACUACCCCAAAAUGAAUGAAAUAUCUCUCUCCCCAACCCACCACCAACCUUUCUGGACAAGGAGGAAAAAAGAUACACGAAAAAGGUGUUCGGGUUAGCAGGCAUGAGCAUAGGCGCAAGCGCGGGCGUAUAUUAUGUUUUUAUUUAGCUGCGAUAGAAUAACAGUUCUUUCCUGCAUUGAUGCCUGCCUAAUAGUUACCCAGGCAAGACGUUGAAACUCAUGCACGUAUGUAUGUAUGUAUCUAUCCAUCUAUCUAAUACCUAGAACCUACCAUGUACAUAUAUGGAUACCUACCUAGGAUACCUAGCAGUUAUCGCGGCGAGGCUACUUAAUAACUACUCCGA